UUUGCUUCCUGAAGCCGAGCUGGGGACUUGGAGGCUGCAGACAGCAAGAGGGCACCCUGUGUCUCUCAUUCACCUGGCCUUCCCAUCAGGAACCAGGCCAUGCACCUGUGCAGUGGGGCACCCCCCUCCAAGAAAGGGAAACUUCUGGUGACCGAUCCCAGGGAGGUGGACAGACAGCUGAAGCGGAGACAGAAGAACCGGGUGGCGGCCCAGCGGAGCCGGCAGAAGCAUACGGAUAAGGCGGAUGAGCUGCACCAGGAACACGAGUGGCUGGAGAGAGACAACCAAGCCCUCCGGAAGGAGAUUUGGUCACUGCAGGCAGAGGUGAAGCUCUGGCUCCGGGCCUUGGAGGAGCAUCAGCGGGUCUGCCUGCUGGCUGUGGUUCCUGCCUCUACCCAGACUCCUCCUGACUGCUGGAGCCAGACUGAGCCAGCUCCCCAGACUCCCCCAGCCCAACCGCAUGCCCCUCUUAUGGUGUAGAACUUUCCCACACCUCUGCAGGCCCCUGCCUCCCCUUCUGCUCAGCCUCCUCCUUCACCUUCUCCAGUGCAGGCCCCGGAUCCUCCCUGCCUGUCCUCAGCUCACUCCCUCUCCUCCCCUCUGACACCUUUCUUGAUCACCUCACCUCCAGCAGGGUCUCCCUCUGGGUCUGCCUUGACCCAGACCCAUGGGGCUUCUAGUCUCCUGGCCUCUUCCUCUUGUCUCAGCCCUCACCUCCCAGCUCCCCCACAGCAGGCUGCUUGUUUGCUGCCCCUUGGGGCCAGAAACCUCAGAGAAGGCAAGACAAAACAUGUGUUGGAUGGUCCUUCAGCCACUCCUCAUCCAGAAGGGAGUGGGCAGGGCUGGGCCUGGGUCCUGUCCUCCAUCCAUUUUUAACCCAACCUCUGUUCUCUUUCCCUGACAAGUCACACUAAGGCUCUGACUUUGGCCUCUGAGGCUGCGUCAUCCCAGCCCCAGCUCUCACUAGCCACUUUCCUUCCCCUGUUCCGGUUCCU